CCUAUUCUUCACAAGAAUUACCAGUCAGGAGACGUCAUCAUUGCUGGUAUUACGUCUCAUUUAUACAGAUUUUCCAGCCCAAUAGAGUUCACAAAAUGCCCCUCUGAUGACAUAUUUGACGACACUCUCUAUUUCAGUCCAAGAUGGACCUAUCAGGCCUCACUGGAACUCUUCUCUACACAGGGCAGAUUCAUCCCUAACUACAAAUGUGAUAGUGUCAACAAUCCAAUAGCAGUCAUUGGAGGACCUACCUCUGAAGUCUGUCUCCACAUGGCAGAUAUCCUGAGCAUCCUCAAGAUUCCACAGUUCAUAUAUGGCUCUGCUCCAGUGAUAAAUAAGAGAACCCAGGCUGUCCUAUACCACCAGAUGUUUCCAGAAGUGGACUAUCAGUAUGAUGGGAUUCUCCAGUUACUGCUCCAUUUCAGGUGGACAUGGAUUGGGGUGCUGUCUGGGCAUGAUGACAAUGUAGAGAGGUUUGUACACACAGUAGUUCCCAUGUAUACCCAGAAAGGUAUCUGUUUUGAUUUCAUGUUAAGAAUACCCAAAUUGGGUUUUUCCAAUGACCUUCCUGAUAUUGUGGAAGAAGGCAUUAAAACAAACAAUGUUAUCCUUAACAGCACAGUGAAUGUGAUGAUCAUUCUUGGUGAAAUAGAUACCAUGGUGGUUUUGAGAAUAUUUCCCAAGUAUUCAGAAAUUAUGGGUGUACCAACAAAGGCAAAAGGAAAAGUCUGGAUCAUGACUUCCCAGAUGGAUUUCACAUCAGGUGACUUUGAAAAAAAAUGGGACAUAGACUUCCUUCAUGGCGCUAUGUACUUUUCUGUUCAUGCCAUUGAGGUGUUAGGCUUCCAGAAAUUUCUUCAGAUGAUAAACAUUACUUCAGAAAACAAACAUGACUUUAUCAGGGAGUUUUGGGAAGAAGUGUUUGAGUGUUCUUUCCUGAAUUCCAUGGUAGACAGACAGGAUGGGAAAAUCUGUAGCGGGGAGGAGAAGCUGGAGACUCUUCCUUCAUCUAAUUUUGAAAUGAGCAUGACUGGCCACAGCUACAGCAUCUACAAUGCAGUUUAUGUACUGGCACAUGCUUUGCAUGCCAUGCAUUCAUCUAGAUUCAAACACAGAGCAAUAGUGGAAGAAGAAAGGAUGACGUUUCUGAGUCAAGAGCUGUGGAAGCUCAACCACUUUGUGAGAAGCAUCUCAUUUAAUAACAGCGCUGGGGAAAAAGUUUCUUUCAAUGAAAAUGGAGAGUUAGAGGCUGGAUUUGAUAUUAUAAACUGGAUCACAUUCCCAAAUCAGUCUUUUCAUAGAGUCAAAGUUGGAAAGAUUGACCCCAUGGCUCCCAAAAAAGUGUUCACAAUUUGUGAGGAAGCCAUUGUAUGGCCCAGCAGGUUUAACCAGGUACAGCCUCUUUCUCUUUGUAAUGCCAACUGCCCUUUGGGUUUUCAUAAGGCAAAGAAGGAAGGGAAGCCAUUUUGCUGCUAUGAUUGCCAUCCAUGCCCAGAAGGGAAGAUUUCUAACCAGACAGACAUGGGUGAAUGCUUUCAGUGUCCACAUGAUAAUUACCCAAACAUGGAACAGGAUUCAUGCAUUCCUAAGGAUAUAAGUUUCUUGUCUUAUGAAGAACCUUUGGGAAUUACUCUAGCCAGUUCUGCUCUUUCCUUUUCUUUCAUUACAACUUUUGUGCUUUGGAUCUUCAUUAAGCACAAGGAAACUCCCAUAGUCAAAGCCAACAACCGGAACCUCACCUACAUUCUCCUCAUCUCCCUUUUGCUUUCCUUCCUUUGUGCUUUGCUAUUCAUUGGCCAGCCUGGAAAAGUGACAUGCCUCCUUCGACAAACGGCUUUCGGCAUCAUCUUCUCAGUGGCAGUUUCUUGUGUGUUGGCGAAGACUAUCAUUGUGGUUCUUGCUUUCAUGGUCACCAAACCAGGGUCACAAAUGAGGAAAUGGGUGGGGAAACGACAGGCCACUUCCAUUGUUCUUUCCUGUUCUCUUACUCAAGCCGCUUUUUGUAGCAUAUGGCUGGCAACUUCUCCCCCAUUCCCAGAUUUAGAUAUGUACUUAAUAAAUAAAGAAAUUGUUCUGGGAUGCAAUGAAGGGUCUUUCACCAUGUUCUACUUUGUCUUGGGCUUUAUGGGCUUGCUGGCCAUUAUCAGCUUCACUGUGGCCUUCUUAGCCAGGAAGUUACCAGACAGUUUUAAUGAAGCCAAGUUUAUCACCUUCAGCAUGUUGGUCUUUUGCAGUGUUUGGCUCUCCUUUAUUCCAACCUAUCUGAGCACCAGAGGGAAAUACACGGUGGCUGUGGAGAUCUUCUCCAUCUUGGCCUCCAGUGCUGGGAUACUGGGCUGCAUCUUUUCUCCAAAAUGUUAUAUCAUCAUGAUGAGGCCUGAAUUGAACAGCAGGGAACAGCUGAGAAAAAGAAAUUAUUGA